CAGAACCACACGUGUGGUGUAUCAUCAGAUAAAGUUUUGAUAAUUUAUAGCGAUCCGAGUAACUAGACCGCGAAGAGAUUCUUAUCGUAUUAGUAGUAUAGGAUUGUUGUGAUUUUUAAUUGAUUUAUCUAAAGUGUGAUCUUGUAUAUUUAUCCAAAUAGAUUUAAUUUUAAACUCAUUUAAUAAAAUUUCUCAACCAUGAUUUUUUAGAUUAAACGCUCUUUAAUAAAUUCUCAACUAUUUUUAUUAGUUAGCUGUUAUACUGAUUUUAAUAAUCAUCAGUUAUGAGUGAAAGCAAUUACGAGGAUAAAGCAAAAACAACAACGAUUCAAACACCUAGGCCGUCAUCGCCGCGGAAGUUCUUCGCACGGCUGUAUGGUCACCUCGAACAGCCGAAGUCCAAAGUGAAGGAGAGUCAGGGCUCGGAGAGUGAGUCGUCCUCUGACGUAGAAAUCGGAGAGAGCGAGGGUCGGCAGAGUGUGCAAGUCCCACCGCUGUGGCAAGCCCCGCAUCCGCUGCCAGUUUGUCCGCGACCAGUUCUCUUACCACACCAGCAGCUGGCCUUUGGUGCUGGUCUAGCAGCUUUUCUAGCCCGCAGGAGACGCAAGGAGAGUCGACCGCGCAGGCAACGGACGACGUUCUCAGCACACCAGACGUUGCGUCUCGAACUGGAAUAUGCGAGGGGAGAGUACGUUGCUCGAGCUCGAAGAUGUGAACUCGCGUCUGCUUUAUCGUUAAGUGAAACUCAAGUGAAAAUAUGGUUCCAGAACAGAAGAGCCAAAGAUAAACGCAUAGAGAAGGCACACUUGGAUCAGCAAUACAGACAACUGGCAGCGGCUACAGGCUUCUUCCCGCCGAUGUUCCCCGCGCCCUACGGACCUCCGCCGUGCCCCUGUUUACCCGCGCAUCCGAGUAAUCUAGAUAAAUAAUCUCAUAAUUUAGCUUCUCUUGUAAAUACUCAUAAAGUAUCUAUAUCCGCCUAAGUAAUUAGAAUCAAUUUCUUAUUUUUUUGAGUUCUUAAAUCAUCAUUGUGAUUUUGGUAGGUAAAAUUGCAAGAAAAUAAUACUAAACGUAAUAAGUAAAUAUUAAUAAUCUGCUAAACGUAAAAAAGGUAGGUAUUUAAAAUUUUAUUAAUUAAAAUAUGUUGAAUGUUAUUAAAAACCUACUUUUGUUUAGUAUCUAAUGUCUUGUGUUUGAUUUAAUGUUUUUUUUUUAAUUAAUCAACUUUUUAGUUCAUAAGAUAAAAACGAGCUAGUCAAUUAUAAUUAUUAUAUUACCUACACUUUUACAAAAGAAAUAUAGUAAAAUAACAGCUAAACGUAUACGGAGGGAAAACUCGUCAGCUGGCACUGGCACCUUACAUCUUUUAACACAUUCAACUGGUACAAUUAGCUGACGGUUUUAAUUAUUUACAUCAGCCUAAGAUAUCUACAUGUGAUGAUUUUCCAUUAAAACUUAAAGAGAAAAUGCUGAAUUGUUUUUCAUCUCAUUGUGAUAAAGAAAGAAUACCAAAACUUCAAACGCAUUACUUUAUCAGAAAACAAUUCUUUUUUAACCAAGCCAAAAAGUUGAUUGUAUUGUAUGUAAUAUCACCUAUAGGUAAUUGCUCUGUCUAGGCUCUCGCCUUGCCUAUGUAAAUAAUAACUAUCAAGAUUUCUUUCAAUUCAUGUUCACAUAGCUCAGACCAAUUACUUUCUAUAAGACCUGCCUCUUUAGAGGUUACCCCUCUGUCAAAACUAUAUGAUCAUGAUCUAACGUGUUCAU